UUUAUGGAAUCUUAAAGAAAAAUUUAGUCUUUUUUAAUAUGGAGGAUGAGGACUGCCCUACGGAGUUUUCAGACCAUUAUAAAGUUGUAAAAGACAUGUAUGCCGAAGUGCAAUGUUUUUUAUCAACGCUAAUUGCGAAUCCUCCAAAAACAUGUGCGGAACAUGUCACAUUGAGCACAGCCUUGCAUCUUCAACUGACAAAUUUCAUAGUAGCUUCAAGAAAAUUAAUGCAAGAAUAUGAAGAACAAUAUGAUUUUAAUUCUAAGUGCGCUCAACAUGAUUUUUCAGAAAUUCCUCCAUUGGAAGAACCAUGUCAUGAAGAUCUCUCCCAAGUAGCACUUGUAUGGGAAUAUUAUAGUCAACAAAAUCCUGCACAAUUUAAUGCAGCAUUAAUUCAACAGAGUAAUCAAAAAAAUUUGCAUCCUCCUUUACAUAACCAAAAUAAGGAAUAUACACAUUAUCCAAGUAAAAGAAAUCUUUCCCAAAUUGAAAUUUCAUGGCAAUAUUGUAAUGAACUAAGUCCUUUGAGGCCCGGUUCUCCACUACAUAAUCAGUUACAAGUAGAAGACAAUUCACAAGAUUUUCGGUUGCAAUGUCAAAACGAAUACAAUGGUUUUAGACGAGGCGUUCCACUGCAACAAGGUCAAGGUCAUAAUCAGUUGCAAUGUCAAAAUAACGUUAAUAGUUACGAACAGGGUUCUCCAAUGCAAUGUCGAAAUGAACAAAACGGUUAUAAACAAAUUGUUUCAUAUCAAUGCCAAAAGGGAAGUAACUAUGAACAAAAUAGUAACGAACAAAAUUAUCUUAUCCAAUGUAAUAACCAAUAUGGAACUAAUCACAAUCCAAUGCAACCUAGCACAAUAUUAACGCCACAAUACCAACAAUAUCCAUUCCACAAUUUCGGAACGUCAAAUUUAUCUUCGCAGUAUCAAAAUCAACAGCAACAAUUUGAUGAUUCUUUAAGAUCAAAUCUACUUCCGAAAUAUCAAAAUCAAGUUGAACAAACCUGUGAAUGUGGAAGAACAACUUUAUCUCCGCAAUAUCAAAAGAAACAAAUGCAAACUUUCGAAUGUGAAAGAAAAAAUUUACCUCCACAAUAUCAAAAUCAACAAAAGUCAUCAUACAAUCGUGAAACAUCAAGUUUACCACCCCAAUUUCAGAAUCAAUCUUGUGUUCCUUUAAGAUCAAAUCCACCAUUGCAGUAUCAGAACCAAGCUUUCAUUGCAGAAAGAUCAAAUGCACCUUUGAAUUAUCAAAAUCAACCAAAUCAAGCUUAUGAUCCUGGAAGGGCCUGUUUAUCACAGCAACAUCAGAAUCAAUUGGAUCAACCUUGCUAUCCUGGAAUAUCAAAUCCACUGCUCAAUUACCAGAACCAACUGAACCAAACAUAUGAUACUAGAAGACCAAAUAUACCUUCGCAAUAUCAAAAUCAACAAAAUCAAGCUUCCGAGUUUGAAAGGUCAAAUACACCACCGCAAUAUCAGAUUCAACCAAAUCAAGAUUGCAAUCCUAAAAGAUCCAAUUCACCUUCGCAAUAUCAGAAUCAACCAAAUCAAGCUUGCAAUCCUAAAAGAUCAAAUUCACCUUCGCAAUAUCAGAAUCAACCAAAUCCUAAUCCUAAAAGAUCAAAUUCACCUUCACAAUAUCAGAUUCAACAAAAUCAAGUUUGUAGUCCUAAAAGAUCAAAUUCACCUUCACAAUAUCAGAAUCAACCAAAUCAAGUUUGCAAUCCUAAAAGAUCAAAUUCACCUUCACAAUAUCAGAAUCAACCAAAUCAAGUUUGCAGCCCUAAAAGAUCAAAUUCACCUUCGCAAUAUCAGAAUCAAUCAAAUCAAGUUUGCAAUCCUAAAAGAUCAAAUUCACCUCCGCAAUAUCAGAAUCAACCAAAUCAGACUUGCAAUCCUAAAAGAUCAAAUUCACCUUCACAAUAUCAGAUUCAACAAAAUCAAGUUUGCAGUCCUAAAAGAUCAAAUUCACCUUCGCAAUAUCAGAAUCAACCAAAUCAAGUUUGCAAUCCUAAAAGAUCAAAUUCACCUUCGCAAUAUCAGAAUCAACCAAAUCAAGUUGCAAUCCUAAAAGAUCAAAUUCACCUUCGCAAUAUCGGAAUCAAUCAAAUCAGACUUGCAAUUCUAAAAGAUCAAAUUCACCUUCGCAAUAUCAGAAUCAAACAAAUCAAGCUUGCAAUCCUAAAAGAUCAAAUUCAUCUUCACAAUAUCAGAAUCAACCGAAUCAAGUUUGCAAUCCUAAAAGAUCAAAUUCACCUUCACAAUAUCAGAAUCAACCAAAUCAAGUUUGCAUUCCUAAAAGAUCAAAUUCACCUUCGCAAUAUCAGAAUCAAACAAAUCAAGUUUGCAGUCCUAAAAGAUCAAAUUCACCUUCGCAAUAUCAGAAUCAACCAAAUCAAGUUUGCAGUCCUAAAAGAUCAAAUUCACCUUCGCAAUAUCAGAAUCAAUCAAAUCAGACUUGCAGUCCUGAAAGACCAAAUUCACCUUUGCAAUAUCAGAACCAACCAAAUCAAUCCUAAAAGAUCAAAUUCACCUUCACAAUAUCAGAAUCAACCAAAUCAGACUUGCAAUCUUAAAAGAUCAAAUUCACCUUCGCAAUAUCAGAAUCAAACAAAUCAGACUUGCAGUCCUGAAAGAUCAAAUUCACCUUCGCAAUAUCAGAACCAACCAAAUCAAGUUUGCAAUCCUAAAAGAUCAAAUUCACCUUCGCAAUAUCAGAGUCAGCAAAAUCAAGUUUGUUGUCCUAAAAGAUCAAAUUCACCUUCGCAAUAUCAGAAUCAGCAAAAUCAAGUUUGCAAAUGUGGUAGAACUAGUUUACCAGUUCAAUAUCAAAACCAACCAAAACGGGCAACCGAAUCUAGAGGUUCAAAUUUUCCAUUUCAAUAUCAGAAUCAGCUGAAUUGCUUAAAUCAUGAUUCCAAUUUGACUUAUCAAAGAGGAUAUAAAGCUCAAAAUAUGCCAGUAAACAUUUGUGCAACAUCAAACUCACCUAGAGCAUUUCCUAAUCAACUAAAUGCUUUUAAACAUAGUCCGCCCUUAAAAUAUCAGAACCAACAAAAUCAACCUUGCGAUCUUACAGGAGCAAAUGCACCAUUGCCAUAUGAGGGUGGACGAAAUUCCUUAAAACAGAAUUUUCCACGUCAAAAUCAAUAUGCGCCUAAUCUGCAGAACAAAGCAAUAGAAGAGCCUUGUGGCGGUCCUUGCUCCCCACAGCAAUACCGAAGUCAGAACAAUUACGUACAGGGUUCUUUAAUACAAUGUCGGAAUGAAUGUAAUUCCUCUGAUUUGUCAGAAAAAAGAAUCAACAAACCGCAAUGGAAAAGAACUACUAGUUAUACACAAUUCCCAAAGGGAGGUCAACAUUGUCACAAGCGCGUUAUUCGAGCUGUAAUUCAUCCUCAACCUACACAUGGUUUUAUGUGUGAGGAAAGAGAAAAAUUUGGUGCUAAACCUGAAAGAGACAAAGUAAAAUCAGGCACGGAAAAUUGCUCAAAACAAUGCAUGAAUAACACUUCUGGUAUGAGGACGAAAUGUUCUCAACAAAAUCCUAUUCAAAAGGAAUAUGAAACUCUAUCAGAACAGGAAAUAGAUGAGGCGCUGUUAUACAAAAUAUUAUGUUUAGAGUGUUGGCCAAUGUUACAAGCCCAAAAACAAAAUAAAUUGAAAAACUUGACAGCAAAUGAACAGCAAUCAAAACGAUGUACUGCCAAUAGCAAUCCUAAGGAAAAUCGUGCUCGAACUUUGCAAAAUAAACCUGGACAACUAUGUAUACCGCGAAAAAACAGAAAUGGUAACCUCAAACAUCAGACAAUGCCAUGCAAUACUAAACCUAAACAUGAUAUAAAACCUAUUUUGCGUUGUAAAUGCAAACCUGCUCAAAAUCAUAGAAGAGUUAAAUUUGAACAAUGUGCAAAAUUUCCUGCAUUUCGGAAAACAGGUGGUCAGAAUAAAAUGCUACAGUAUAUUGAUGAAUUACUGAUUGAAAAGUUGGGCAUGAGUUUGUAUGACACUACAAACUCUGAAACAUCUUGGACAGAUAUAAGUCAGGAAGACAAUACAACAGUGUCGGAGGAAAGUGAAGAAUAUGAACAGGAAUAUCCAACUACCUCAAACAGAAGACACAAUGAACUUUCUUGUGACCAAAGAAGAAAAGAGACGGAAUUGCAUGACGAAAUUAAUAGUCUGUUUCAAGAAGAUGAUGAAAGUUUUGAUGAUCUUUACUACCUUCCUAGUGUAAAAGAAGAGGAAAAUUCUAAAAAAUAUCAUUCGAUACUUGUUAAAAGGCAACCUAGUAACUUAACUGAUGGGGAGAGUUUGAUGGGAGGUAAUCAAAGUAAGGCACAACAGCGAUCACCUUCAGCUCCAAAAAAGGUUGUAUGUUUCAAUGAAGCAUUAAAUCAAAAAUAUGAGAUAAGUUCUAUUUAUGCGGAAUGCCGGGCUGGACCAUAUGUAAAAAAACGCAAAAUCCAACGAAUGAGAAAGAAUAUACGAAAAUAUAUGAUGAAAUAUUCACAAAAUCUAAAUUCAAACUUGGAAGAAAGUUUUUCGAAUACAUAUACUCCAGGACGUAAAAUUACUAAAUACUAA